AGUUUUGUUUCUGUGCCUGGAAAUGGGGGACAGAGCUGAGUGUCCCAUCCCGGGUGUCGUACAGUAAAAGAGGAAGUUCAAGGAGACCUGCAGCACACGGGGAAGGAACCUGACAGCUGUGCCCCUGUCGCAGAUCAUGGGGUCCAGUUGUCACAUGUCCCCCUGGCGGGCCUAGCCUGGCCUGCAGGGGACAGGGUGGCUGUGUCCUCUGCCCAUCUGGGGCCUGCAGAGAAUCCUCUCGGGAGCCCCCACCAUGGGAACCGCCCCGUCUCUGUGACCUCACAGGAGGUGUAGGUGACUUCGCCCUGCCCUGUGGCACCCGGAUCCCGUCAGAGGCCAGAGCCACACCUGGAAGGCAGAGGUCGGGCGGCCCUCCGGGAGGGAGCCAGAGACCAGGCAGCUCCAUGGAGGCCCAAGUGUAACCGGGCGGCCCCACCAUGAAGAAGGUCAAGAAGAAAAAGGCAGAGGCCAGGCGCCGCCGGGAGUCCAUGACGCAGCGGGCCAGCUCGGACUCCAGCACGCAGCCCAGCUCGGAAGCCGCGCAGCCGGGCACGGAGCCCACCCCGCCUCGGCCAGAAGCCCAGGCUCUCCCGGAACCCGAGACCGAGACCCGCCGCUCACCCGGGAGCCUCUCCCCACCCAGCCCCCAAGCAGCCCCUCCGGCCAGGAAAGCAGGGCCUGUGACCCUCGCAGGCCUGAGGCCCUGCUCCCGUGCUGCCUGCCCAGGCAGCUCCACGUGCUGGCACUGUCUGGGGCUCUGCCACAGCCGCAUCUUCGAUGUCCUUCUGCCUUGGGACUGGCAGGCCAUGCCAGGGAGAGGAUUCCCCAACCUCCUCACCUUCUACAGAAAACCUCCAAGGAAACACUGCGCUCCUCUUAACUCACACGCUCCGCGCCCUCUGGACUGUGGCUGUGGCUCUGGGGGCGCUGGGGGCUGCCUACUACAUCACUGAAGCCUGGUGACUUCCCCCAGCCCAGCCCGGCAGCUUCUGGGGCCCUCAGAGAAGGAGGAAGAAGCCGGAAACACUGACACGAAGCCCCGUUGAUGCCAGGCACUUUGGCAAGGUCGCUAGGCCUGAGCAAGGGGGUGGUCUCCAUGCAGCUGAGUGUGACUGAAAGAAGACCAGACAUGAGGAACAGAUAGUUUACUCUUCCACAAAUGGAUCUUAGCUGCCAAACCCUCAUCCAGCAGGUGUCAAACAGAAAGCCACUGGUGUUCUGGGCC